UUACAAAAAGAGGAACUCGUAUGUUCUGCUCGUCUCUCAUUCUAUAAUCUGAUCGCCACCUGGACCUUGUCGGUUCUUUGCUUAGUCUCCAAGCUCUUUUCUCUCGUCAUUUCCUUAGAUCUUCAAAAAGCUUCUUCAUAUUCCACAUAUUAUUAAUCAUUCAAGACCUUCCUUCAACUUCCGAAGAUUCUCGAGAAAUUUGCUCUGAUCGCUUAUCAAAACGGAUCUUUGAUUUUUGAUCUGAAUAGUUAUAAUACUGCCUGUUUUGUAAACCUUUUCAGGGUAGGUGGUGAAAGAGGAAAGAUGGUUUCGUUGCAAGGACCGGUGAUUUGCACUGCCGUUCGGAGCAAACAAGUUGGGGUUUACGCGCUGCCUGUGAACGGGCCUUUUCCGAGGGUAAGAAUGCAUAGAAGUGAUAUAUGGGGAUUUAGAGUGGUAACUGAUGGAAAGAAUAAGGCGCGUGCUGUUUCUCGUCAACUACGAAAGUGCUGGACCACGGUGCAGUGUAGUUUCAGUUCAUCUUCAGAUGGGAAUGGAAGCAUGGCGGAGAGUUUCAAUGAAAACGAUCAAGAUUAUGUCAAUUCCAGUGUGGUUGAAGCUGUUGAGGUGAGGAGUAGAGCUGAUGGAUUUAUGAUCAAAAUGAGGGAUGGUAGGCAUUUAAGAUGUGUCAAUAACAAUCCUCAAGGUGGGCAACUGCCGGAUUAUGCACCGCGUCCUGCCAUAGUUCUGAAGAUGGAAGAUGGGACUGGUCUUCUUCUCCCAAUCCUUGUUUUGGAGAUGCAUAGUGUGUUGCUCAUGGCUGCAGUGCGCAAUGUCCAAAUUGCUAGUCCUCCUAUGUAUCAAGUGGUGAAGGACAUAAUUGACAAGAUGGGCUACUUGGUAAAACUUGUCAGAGUUACUAAAAGAGUGCAUGUGGCCUAUUUUGCUCAGUUGUACCUCACAAAGGUGGGUGAUGAAACAGAGUCUGUCAGUUUUGACAUUCGGCCUUCUGAUGCCAUCAACAUUGCUGUGACAUGCAAGGUACCUAUACAAGUGAACAAGUACUUGGCAUAUAGUGAUGGGAUGCGAGUGAUUGAAUCAGGGAAGCUGUCAAUGCAAUCCUCAGCUUCAGAUGGCUUAUUAAUCACAGAACUCGACUGGCCAAGUGGUCAGCGUUGUAUGGAUACGGAGGAAUUCAAUAUUAUCUGUGAGUUAAAUGAGGCUAUUAAUCAAGAACGCUACAAGGAUGCUGCUGAAUUGAGAGACAAACUUGGUCGGUUUCGGGCUCGAAGGAACUUGAGGAAAUAUACGUAACAGUUGUCCCUGCUGACUUCCACUGUAAAUAGGAAGUUGUUGGAAGCUGAUAAACUGGGUGGUGGCGCAACAUAGAGCAGCAAUCAGUCGUGUCAACUUCUAGCAAAUAUGUAUGUGUAACAAGCCUGUGAAUGUAUGUACAGAUACAGUUAAAAAAACGGUGAUGCAAUAUAUGUCUAAGGCACGUUGAUUUUAUGCUCGUCAA